CGUCUCUUGUUGACGUUCUAAUGCAACAGAAUCUUGGGUAGCGUCAAGCCCAUCUUUGACGAUGAUGAAGAUGGAGCAAACACACAGUCACCGGUAUCCUAUCUCCCGUUCAACAGCGAUGACAUCCUCUCACAACUCGUGCACGAGUUUCAUCUCCACCCAAGGAUCACUCGGACGAUUAGUAGAUUGAGCUGCUACUUCUCUGCUCAGCGCCAUUAUUCUGACGAUGAUGAUCUUUCAAAGGGGGGCAAGGAGAGAAGACCGAUGAUAACAUGCACAGCGCGAACUUCGUCGACAUUGCCGAACGACAUGGCUUUGUCGACGACGUACUUUACCGAAACAGAUCUCAACCUUGCAGUGUUCUACGGAUGCAAUGAGAGACAAAAAGAAGACAUAGUAAGAAGAAUCAGGUCGUGUGAUCUCAAGCACAACCACCCAUUACUCUUGCCCGGCUUGUUCUUUGAACUCGAACGUAUCCGUCUAGUCGAUCAGGUAGAAAAUCUUCUGGACAACUUCGAACUUCGGAACAACUAUGAGUACAGCCAGUUAGAGAAGGUCGGCGGCGCAAGAGGCCUUGAUCUAGACAUGGACAAGAAACGAAUGACAGACGUGCUGAAGUCGACGUACAGAUCCAGGGAGUUGGUAAGCUUGAUUUUGGCCGUAAAGAGACAACUGAAUAAAUUUGAGACGGCGAUGGACAUGGUGGAAACCAGCGUCAAGUCAUCACCUUCAUCUGCCUUCUCUUCGGGCUGUCUGAUACGCAUCCCUUCAGCAAACUUGUCAUCGGUACCUGGCUCACGAACAAUGUCCCGCUCCACAACGCUAGAGGUAAAUAGCGAGGAAAACUACAUGCAGCAGGGGCUGCCUCGGCUUUCUGGCGUAUCGGGCUACGUACGGCUUGAAAGAGCUGGAAGGAUGAUUCGGGAAAGGCUGCAGGACAUCAUGUUCGAAUUUGAUGAUAAAAUCAACGAUUGCCAUCUCGUGAAAGACAACAUGUCACUGACAAUGCAAACGGUCUGGAGCUUCUUCUCACUUCAAGACAAUCAGACCAAUCUGAAGCUGUCGAGACUAAACACGAAGCUAGCACACGCAAACUCCGGUCUCUCAGAGGAGAUGAAGAAAGACAGCUCGCAGAUGCGAUCGAUUGCUUUGCUGACAAUGGUCUUUCUGCCCAUGUCAACCGUUGCGACCAUCUUCUCAACCAAUUUCUUCUCGUGGGAUGCCGAAGAAGGCCAAAGCGUCGUGUCCAAGUACUUCUGGGUAUUUAUCGUCGUUGCCAUUGCUCUCACAUGCAUCGUCGUCGGGGCAUGGUACACGGCCACCUGUGCGAAGGAUCGCAAGGGCCAUCGUCAUUGCUGCAUACGCUUGCCAUUUGGUGCCUUGUUCGGCAGAAAAGCUGGAUCGACCGACGACGACCUCCAACCCCACAGAAAAUCGGGCAGAAGGGUCUUCGAGGACGAAGAGAGGGGGAUUUCACUUGAUCUUUAGGGGAGGAAGGAAUGGACUCACUCCCCUAGGGGUGUGCCAUAGCGUACUCAAUGCUAAGAAAAGUACAACGCGAUGCGAUGCGAUGCAAUAC